CAGGGAUGGGUUAUGGGUAGCCAGAGGGGGGGAGAGAGCCUAGCAGUGGCUCUGCUCUCCCCUGGGGGCCCCUGGUGGAGGAUGGCAGUGACCCACAAGAAUGUCCCUCACUCCUGGGCUCCGUCUAGCAUUUUCGCUGCCUUCAAUGUCGUGCUGUUGAUCACCAUCAGUGGUCUGUUCUUCUCCUUCCCUUGCAGGUGGCUUGCUCAGCAUGGUGACUGGGUGUCUCCCACCAUCACCGGAGUCCUUUUUGUUCCCACUGUGGUCAGUCUCAUUUUUCUCAAUUUCUCUGACCCUGGCAUUCUCCACCGAGGCUCUGAGUGGCAGUGCCCACUGGCCAUCAAGGUGGUAUGGGUGAACAGGAGAGCUUUCCGCCUGCAAUGGUGCCAGAGGUGUUGCUACCACCGUCCUCCCCGGACCUACCACUGUCCCUGGUGCAACAUCUGUGUGGAGGAUUUUGAUCACCAUUGCAAGUGGGUCAACAACUGCAUUGGCCAACGCAACUUCCGCUGCUUCAUGCUGCUGGUGGUCUCGCUCUGCCUCUACACGGGAGCCCUGCUUUCUGCCUGCUUGGCCUUCCUGAUCCGAACAUCCCAACAGCCGUUGUCCGUGGACAAGGCCUUUGCCAUCGUGGUCGCUGUCCCCGCCGCAGCCUUCAUGCUGCCCCUGCUCCUGCUGCUGUGCAUGCAAGCCCUGUCGGUGAGCUCGGCUGAGCGCUCUUAUGAGGUCAAGUGCCGUUACCUGCAGGGUUAUAAUCCCUUUGACCAGGGCUGUGCCAGUAACUGGUAUUUAACCUUUUGUGCACCGCUGGGACCUAAGUAUAUGGCAGAAGCCAUACGACUGCAGAGGGUUCUGGGGCCAGACAGGGCCCGAAUACCCAGAUUAUGUUCCCCUCAGUGGCGCGCUGCCCCUUGCCCUGUCUCUGUGCCUUACUCUCAGCCAGCCAGUGUGUCUCGUCCCUACGCAAUUGCUGUGCCCGCCCUUCGUUCUACUGGUGGUGUGCGAGGCCUUCACCCUACCAACAUGCCAAGACCCCACCCCGCCAAUGCGCCAGGCUCCCACUCUGCUCCCGUGUUUGCCCCUCAACUCUUCCACAUGAAACCGUGGUCAGGGAGAGGUCCCUUGGGGAGUGGGGAAGCAACUCCUCAGCCAAAGCUUCCGGGUGUGGGUGUUCUUCCUCAACUAAGAGAGGCCCAGAGACAAGAUUUGGGGAGCCACUUACCUGGAGCUGGCCCUUGCCUAUGAGUUCUGCUAUGCCGAGACCACCCCUCCCUGGGCUCUCUCCCUGGAGCCACAAUAUGUCGGACUCCCCACUCCCAGAUCCCAUCUGCCCUUUUCCCAUUCUGGCUCCCACUGGUGGGAGUAUUUGAUUCCUCCAGAGUCUCCAUUAAAUGCCUCUUUAUUAACUUCCU